ACCAGAUUCAUCAAAUAAAAUGGAGUUGUGGAAGAUUUCAUUUGGGAUGUUGUGUGUGUUAGGGUUUGUGAGUGUGGCUGAUGUAGCCUACGCUCAAAACUCACAAGCUGACUACUUGAACGAACACAACGCUGCAAGGUCACGGGUUGGUGUUGCAAACAUUGUUUGGGACAGCACAGUUGCUGCUUUCGCACAAAACUACGCCAAUCAACGCAGAGGUGACUGUAAACUGAUCCACUCUGGUGGUGGUGGGAAAUAUGGGGAGAAUCUUGCAGGAAGCAGCGGUGACCUAAGUGGGAAGGAUGCUGUGAAAUUGUGGGUGAAUGAGAAAUCAAAGUAUGAUUACAAUUCCAACUCUUGUGUUGGUGGAGAGUGCAGACACUACACUCAGGUUGUUUGGAGGAACUCCGUACGCGUUGGAUGUGCUAAAGUAAGAUGCAACAAUGGAGGCACUUUCAUCGGUUGCAACUAUGAUCCCCCUGGCAACUAUGUUGGUAGAAGACCCUAUUAAUCAUUUACUUCUCUAAAUGUACCGGCUACCACUUUCCACUGCUUCUAUAUUUCCAAUAAAUCACUAUAGCAUGCAAGUUCUGCAUCCUGCAUGAAUUUAGGUCUCCACCUUAGUAAAUUCAUGUAGUAACUUGUGUUGAAAUUAUAAUAAAAUGUUGUUUACUUUAUAACUUUUAA